GGCGCGCAGCUCUGCGACCGCGGUGGGCAAACCAACAAUUUUUGCCCCUUGCCAUCCAUGUUUUGGGUUUGUUGAUCCCAUAGUGGGAGCAACAUGGCCAAAAUGAUUCUCACUGCGUACCCCUCACAGGACAUGUUUACCCCUUCCCAAAUUUAACCUUGGUUAAAUACUUACCCACGUGUAAAAAGCUUGCUCUCCCCCAGUUAUUCAUUUACUGUUUAAAGAGACAAAUCGAUUCUUCUUCAACCAUAUAUCCCAUACACGAUGAGAGCAAAAGAACUCAGGACGAUGCAGGGCAAUUGAUAACAGAUCGAAUGCUUGUUGAUGAUUCAUAUAGUGAUGAAGAAGAAGAAUCGACAAUUCUGUUCUCUUGUAUAUCAUGGCAGAAGUGAGGGUUUAUGCAUUCACCACUGGAAAUAAAGAUUUUAUUAUUAUUAAUUGAGGUCUACGGAAAUGUUAAUAUGUUUGCCAGGAAUUUCACUUGUAUGAUCAAUAAUGGGCACUCUGAAGAAGGACUAAUGCUUGUGAAGUGUUUGUUGAAAUGCCCCACAGAGAUGUUCCGUUAACCACAACAAGAAUUGAAUCAUCAGAUGAUUCAUAUGUGGUUCGGAACUCCGAGGUUACUUUUUUAAAUUGGAGGUUUUCGGAGACUUGAAGUAAACUGAAAUGCUUGAAGGAGGGGUCACGACACGCCCUGCAGGAAUUGAUACAAAUGGAGAAAUGGUGAUGCCAGGCGGACUAAAACAAUUGCCGAAAACAUACGUGGAUAAAUUCAAAGAAGGUGUGAGAACCGACGAUUAUUAGAAUGGUCGCAUAAUCACCUCAAAUUUGACGUAGCAAUCUGAAACAGGUGUGGUUGACAUCCAUGAACAUGGCUCUCUCGGAUUUCUAUUCAUCCACUGAAACUUCUCCUAAGAGAAGGUUAGUUCUUCAUGUUGCCGAUUCUAACGCUGAUAUUCUAGAUGCAUCAUUUGCAGCUAUAAAUCUGAUACAAGACGAUGAAGUGCAAGCUAUAAUUGGACCAAUGACAUCAGCACAAGCAAUUUACAUGUUGCAUCUCGGCAAAAAAACACAGAUUCCAAUUAUUUCUUUCACUGCAACAAGUCCUUCUAUUUCCCCAUCUCACAACCCUUAUUUCAUUCGCACAACACAUCAAGACUCGUCUCAAGUAAACGCCAUUGCUGCCCUUGUCAAAACCUUUCAAUGGAGACAGGUUAUACCUAUCUAUGAAGAUACUGAGUAUGGAAAUGGAAUUAUACCAUACUUAAUCGAUGCGUUCCAAAACAUCACUAAAGUUCCAUAUAGGAGUGUAAUACCUGAAUCAGCUAAUGACGACCGAAUUCUUCAAGAACUCUACAAAUUGAUGACAAUGCAAACCAGAGUAUUCGUUCUACAUAUGGACACGGCUCUUGGAGUCCGGAUUUUUGAGAAAGCGAAAAGCAUUGGGAUGAUGGGUAAAGGGUGUACAUGGAUCGUCACAGAUGGCUUGGGCUAUUAUCUGACUUCAUUCAAUUCCUCUGUUCUUGAUACAAUGCAAGGAGUAAUAGGUAUAAGGCGUUACGUCCCCGAAUCCUCAAGGCUUAGCUCAUUUCGGUCUAGAUGGAUGAAGAAGUUCCGGAAGGAUAACCCAAAUAACGAAGAAAGUUUGGAUAUUUAUGGUAUAAUGGCAUACGAUACAAUCUGGUUGUUAGCAAAUGCUAUAGAGAAGCUUCAAAGACUAGAUUCUCGAUUUGUAAAAGAAAAUGUUAGAGCAAAAUCGAGCCAUGCUGCGAGACUAAGUAUCUCACAAAUAGGUCCCAAGCUUUUGCAAGAAAUUUCUAACACAAAAUUUGAAGGUCUAAGUGGAGAUUUUGGUCUGGUUGAUAGGCAACUGCAUGUACAUACCUUUCAUAUAUUGAAUGUGCUUGGAGGUGACGGUGUAAGAGAAAUCGGAAUCUGGACACCUUCAGAUGGAAUUAUAAAAGAUUUAAGUUUAAAUGGGACCAGGAAAAAUGGGAAUCUGAUACCGACGCAUGAUAAUCUAUACCCAGUUAUAUGGCCCGGAAACACCAUUGCCAUUCCUAAAGGUUGGACCAAUCCUACAGGCGAGAAUAAGUUGAGAAUAGGAGUUCCGGUAAGGUCUGGCUAUACUGAAUUUGUGAGGGUAACAAGAAAUACUCAUUCCAACUCAGCUGUUGUCGACGGAUAUUGCAUUGACGUAUUUAAUGCUGCAAUUGGGUUGUUACCAUAUGCCGUCCCUUAUGAAUUUCAUCCAUUUGAAAAUGUAAACCAUACAGCUGCUGGAAGUUACAAUGAUCUUAUAUAUCAAGUCUAUCUCCAGAAUUUCGAUGCUGUAGUUGGAGAUGUCACAAUCACAGCCAAUCGAUCACAAUAUGUAGAUUUUACACUGCCUUAUGUAGAAGCUGGUGCAUCAAUGAUUGUAUCAACAAGGAAGGAUUUUUAUAAAGAAGCCGUGAUAUUUUUCCUUCCAUUAGAGUGGAGACUUUGGCUGACAAUCGUUACUUUCUUUGUUUAUAUUGGCUGUGUGAUUUGGAUUCUUGAACAUAGAGGAAACCGGGAGUUUAGAGGAGGGCCUUAUCCUAUGUACCAGAUUGGCACAAUGCUUUCCUUCUCCUUUUCGAUGCUCGUCUUUGCGUACAAGGAAAAGGUGCUGAGCAGUCCAGGUAGAUUUGUAAUGAUUUUAUGGCUCUUUGCUGUAUUCAUUCUAACUACAAGUUACACGGCGAGUUAUUCUGCCAUGUUGUUGGCCAAUAGAUUUCAACCAACCAUUACAGCUGAUGUUAACCAUCUCAUCAAGAAUAGGUACAAUGUUGGAUACAAGAACGGGUCGUUCAUUGAAGGAAUGUUGAAGCAAAUGGGUUUCGAUGAGUCUAAUCUGAAGGGAUAUCACACAUCCGAAGAUUUAGAUGAAGCUUUCUCAAAACCGAGACAGGACGGAGGUAUUGUUGCUGCAUUUGACGAGCUGCCUUAUAUUGAGCUCCUCCUCACAAAGUAUUGUGACAAAUACACCAAGGUUGGAGAUAUCUUCCCGACUGGUGGGUUUGGUUUUGUUUUUCCAAAAGGUUCUCCUUUGGGACUUGACAUUUCAAGGACAAUCUUAAGUGUAAGAGAGGAUAAAGAGAAAAUGAAAAGGAUUCGACAUGCUUGGUUUGAGGGUAAACGAAAUUGUUCAGACCAUGAUUCCUUAGGAUCUUCGAAUAGUCUUAGUCUCUAUAGUUUUCGAUACCUUUUUGUCUUUGUUGGAGUUCUUUCACUUAUUCCCUUACUUGUACACUUGCAAAUUUUUGUGUCUAAAAACCUGAUGAUCUUGACCUCUCCAAAUACCUCCAUUGCUCAAAAAGUUGUAAAGUUAGUGGCAAAAUUCAACGAGGAGGAUGAAAGGCGCUUGAGAUACUAUGAAUACCAUGCUGGAAUUGGCAGUCAAAGCAGUCAACAAGACGUAGGUGAAGAAAUGGUACGACGCGAAGUGCCACCAUGCCCACCACCCCAGUGACCUUGAAACCCAUGUCAUUAGUUUGUGAGUCUGUAUCUAUGUCUUAUUAGUUUUCUCCUCUAUCCAACUGUCUUUGGAAAUCUGUUAAUGGUGUAUUGAUUUCUCGUUAACCUCUUAUAAACUCGUGUAAUCCUCAUUUUCCUUCAAUGAAAAUCACUCAACACCAGUGGCGAAUCCAGCUUAUAGCAAGG